UACACUCUUUCAUCACUCACAUUUCAACACAAAAUCUUUCCAAAGUCAAAAUCAAAAUUAUCAAAGUUUACUACCUCUUUUUUGGUUACUAUAUACCACCAACACCAAUGGCUUCAGAACAAGUAAGAAGAAGAGAAGACAACGUUAUUGAUGAACAACAUCAAAUCCAAAUCAAGAGAACAAGAGACCCCAAAAGGGGUAGUGACACUGGUGCUGCUACUUCUGUGAAAGUACAAGUUGGAAGUGGUGCUGGUGCAAUUCAUGUCACAAAUGAUUGUGAUAAACAUUCUUUUGAAGAGAGGCCAGGGGGUGUCAAGUUUGAAGUACAUAGCCAGAGACACAAGGGUAAUGAUAAUGUCAAAGAAUUGGCAAGUCAUGGACAAAAUGUAGUUCAAUCAGCACAACAACCUAAAGAUUAUGCUAAAAACACAGCACCUGACAAGGGUGAUCAAACAUAUGCUGCUGCCACAGACACCCUUUCAGGUGCUGGACAAACAGCAGCUCAAUCAGCAAAGAAGUCUAAAAACACAGUUCUUGACAAGGGUCAACAAGCUUAUGCUGCUACUAUAGACGCCCUUUCAAACACAGGACAGACUGCAGCUCAAUCAGCAAAGAAGGCUAAAGACACAGCUUUUGUGAAGGGCCAGCAAGCUUAUGAUGCAACUACUGAUACCCUUUCAAGCACAGGAAAAACAGCAGCUGAAUCAGCAAAAAAGGCUAAGGACACAGUUCUUUACAAGGGGCAGCAAGGUUAUGGUGCUGCUACAGAUAACCUUUCAAGUGCUGGACAAACUGCAGCUCAAUCUGCAAAGAAGGCCAAAGAUUAUGCUAAGGGGACAGUUUUUGAUAAGGGUCAGCAAGCUUAUGGUGCUACUACAGCUACCCUUUCAACUGCUGGACAAAAUGCAGCUCAAUCUGCAAAGAAGGCUAAGGACACGGUUCUUGACAAGGGUCAGCAAGCUUAUGCAGCUACUAAAGACACCCUUUCAAGCACAGGAAAAACUGCAGUUCAAUCAGCAAAGAAUGCUAAAGAGACAACUUUUGAGAAGGGCCAGCAAGCUUAUGGUGCUACUACAGAUACUCUUUCAAGUGCUGGACAAAUUGCAGCUCAAUCUGCAAAGACGGCUAAGGACACAGUUCUUGAUAAGGGUCAGCAAGCUUAUGGUGCCACUACAAAUACCCUUUCAAGUGCUGGACAAACUGCAGCUCAAUCUGCAAAGAAGACUAAGGACACAGUUCUUGAUAAGGGUCAGCAAGCUUAUGCUGCAACUAAAGACACCCUUUCAAGUGCUGGACAAAAUGCAGCUCAAUCUGCAAAGAAGGCUAAGGACACAGUUCUUGAUAAGGGUCAGCAAGCUUAUGCUGCAACUACAGAUACCCUUUCAAGUGCUGGACAAACGACAGUUCAAUCAACAAAGAAUGCAGCAGGUUAUGUUGGGCAGAGAGCAGUAGAAGCGAAAGACAUCACAUUAGAAACAGGCAAAGGAGUAUUAGGAUAUGCAGGGGAAGUAGCCGAGAUUGUGAAGGACAAAGCUGCAGUGUCUGGUUGGGGAGCUGCACAUUAUACAGCAGAGAAAGCUGCAGAGGCCACAAAAGCUGUGGUUGGUGUUGCUUCUAAUGUUGCAGGGUACACCGAGGAAAAGGCGGUGGCCGCUAAGGAUGCAGUUGCUGACACUGGAAUGAACAUUGUAGGAUAUGCAGAGAACGAGUUGGCUGAUGCUAAGGACUAUGUGGUUUCAACUGAAGAAAGUGCAGCAGAGUAUACAGCUAGGAAGAAAGCUGAAGCUGAGAGGGAACUAGAAGCCAAAAGAUCAUACGACUUCAAGGGAGCAACUGGAAGUGAAUUCAUUAGAACUGAAGAUUUUCAAGAAUUUGAAUCAGCAGGAGGAGAGGAAAACAUGCAGCAGGGAGGAGGACUAUUGAAAGCAAUUGGUGAAACUAUAGUUGAGAUAGGCAAGACAGCUACAGAUCUUAUUGCUGGACGUGGACAUGUAGAAGAAUCAGUUAAGCAUGGAGAAAAAUAAACAUCAGUCACAACAGAAAUUUUGUGCAUUUAGAGCACAGCUUUGUUCUUUGUCUCAAGUGUUUUUAAGUUCAAACCAGAAUGCUUUUGUGCAUCACCUUUCUAGGGGCUAAUUUUUUAAGGCCCUGGAACUUGUUUUUGUGAUAUCUAGCAAAGAUAAAAAUAGCUAGUAUCCUCUUCUUUUUUGUGCUGGAUCAUCUUAAGUUUGUUCAUCAAUUAAAAAAAAUCAAAUAUAAGAAACUUUAUUCUUAUCAA